AUGCCGUUUAUGAUGAAUAGGCCCCCUUCCUUGCAUAGUCGAGCCCGAAUAGGCCCCAGUCACGGGCUCGGUUCUCUACCGUUCCGCGCCAUUGCGUCGGUGUCGCGUCGUCCCUUCCUCCCAUGCCGGUCGUCCCUUCCUCCCAUGCCGGUCGUCCCUUCCUCCCAUGCCGGUCGUCCCUUCCUCCCAUGCCGGUCGUCCCUUCCUCCCAUGCCGGUCGUCCCUUCCUCCCAUGCCGGUCGUCCCUUUCCCCCUCGCGUCCAUCCCUCCCUUGCGCCUCCUAGAAUCUCAGCUCUCGUCCCUUCCCCCCGUGCACAUCAUCGCAUGACCCAACCCACUCGUCCCUUCCUGCCUUGCGCAGUCGUCCCAUUCCCCCUCUCCUCCCUUCCUCCCACAUGGCCCAUCCCUCAAGGCAGCUAG